GUGACAGUCAUAAUAAAUGUCGUGUUAAAGAUUAUUUGUAUUAUGAGUAUAUUUUGUGUAGUUAGUUAAAGAUAAAAUAGUGCUGUAAAAUAUUCAAAAUGUUGAGCAGUUUUGAUAAUAUAAAUAAGAGUUUUUUUCUUAAAACUACGCCAUAUCUAGUCCUUCUAGCAUUCGAAUUAUUUUUAGAUGUUUCAGAAUGUAUGACACAGGGUGAAAUAGAUAAGCAUUUAGAAUUAGGCACACAGUAUUUAGCGCGAGGCCAGUUAGGGGACGCUUUAAGCCAAUUCCAUUUGGCUCUAGAGGCCGAUCCUAAUAAUUAUUUAACGUACUUUAAAAGAGGAACCGCAUACCUUGCGUUGCGCAAGGCCAAGAACGCUCUAAGUGAUUUCGAUAAAGUCAUUGAAUUGAAACCUGAUUUCUCCGCUGCUCGAUUGAGCCGAGGAAGCAUUCAUUUGCAGCAAGCAAAUUUUGAUUUAGCACAGCUUGAUUUUUACAAUGUGCUAAAAUCUGAUCCUCAUAACGCUAAAGCAAACGAAUACAUUCAACUCAUAGAGCCUGCUAAAGAAAAGAAACGAUUGGCUGAAUACUAUUACGCACAAGACAAUUAUGCAUCAGCUAUUCAUUAUCUUUCUGAGCUAAUUGAAAUCAGUCCAUGGGCUUCUGAUUUGUACGAGUUUCGCGCAGAACUUCACAUGUUGAAUGGAGAUGAAAUGUCCGCUAUUUCAGACAUCAGAUCAACCACUAAGCUACAAAGCGAUAACAUGGACGGUUAUUAUAAACUAUCAAUGCUUUUAUAUAAAGCAGGCCAAGCCACAGAAUCCUUGAAGGCCAUCAGGGAAUGUUUAAAAUUAGAUCCUGAGCAUAAAGAUUGCUUUCCAUUUUACAAGAAAAUCAAGAAGAUCGAAAAAUUCCUGUCAGAAGCUGAAGCCUCUAUAGAAAGCAAGGAGUAUUCUCAAUGCAUAGAUUACGCCAAUAAAGUACUCAAAAACGAAGCAGACGCGCAAAGUAUAAUAUACGAAGCUAAACGCUUGUUGUGCAGCUGUUACUCGCUGGACGAGCAAAGUUCUGAAGCUAUUACCGCAUGCUCAGAGGCUCUAACCUACAAUGAAGAUCCAAAUGUUUAUUGCGACAGAGCCGAGGCGUAUUUGAAUUCUGAGAUGUACGAUGACGCGAUUAGGGAUUACAAGUCUGCGUUGGAGAUAAAUUCCCAUUUCGAUAGAGCGAAGGAGGGAUUAAGUAAAGCUGAAAACAGGCAGAAGCAGGCAGAGAAAAGAGACUAUUACAAGAUUUUGGAAGUGAAACGGUCGGCCAGUAAACGAGAAAUCACGAAAGCGUACAGGAAGAUGGCUCAGAAAUGGCAUCCGGAUAAUUAUCAAAACGAUGAGAAAAUGAAGAAGAUUGCAGAAAAGAAGUUCAUUGAUAUCGCUGCUGCUAAAGAGGUGUUAACGGACGAGGAGAAAAGGAGGCAGUUCGAUAAUGGUGAAGAUCCUUUAGAUCCAGAAUCGGGUAGAGGGGGAAUGCCAAACUUCCAUCAUUUCCAAAAUUUCCAUGGAAGCCCGUUCCAAUUUAAAUUCCACUUUAAUUAGUAAAUACACUUCAAAUGAGUGUACACCCAUUAACGGCAUUUUUUGUUCAUUAUACAAAAAUGUUCUUGGAUGAGCGAAAACGUGCAAAUUUAGGUCAAUUUUUAACUACAAAUGUUGCUUUUAAUUUAUUUUUUAAGUUUGUUUAUCGAGUAGUUUUUUGUACCUGAAUUGCACUAGACAGAUUUGAUACUUUAUAAAGAUGUAUAAAAUGUAUAAAAAUGGACUGAAUUCAUAGAUCGUCAUACACUGUAAAUAUUUUUAUUAU